AUGGAGGUCAUCAACUGGCCCAAAGCUUUUACUUCUCUCAACGAGACACAGACUUUCGCGAGAGAAUUCUGGCCAGAACUACCCGCAUACACCUCUCUCGAAUCCGCCAAUGGUCACAUGGACGCCAUCAACAACGUUAUCAAGGAUAUUCACAUCUCCUAUGAUGAAAUAUUCGGCUCUGCUGCGAAAACAAUAGUACAUCAUACAAUGGCACGUAGUGAUCUAUAUCCUGCAAACAAAAAACGCAAAGAUGUUCAAACUGAUCUCGACAACUACAAACGUCAUAAUGUGCAGUUAGGUGAUAAACACAAAGUGCUUCUAGCCAAGCCCGAAUCACUACAAAUCGAUCACUAA